ACAAGUUUGUUGUAGUUACACUGCAGAAUCCAUAGCAACGGAAGUGAGCUGCGGGAAAUGCUCUAAUGUUUUGCUAAGCCGGUUUGAUGUUAAUCGAGAUUUGCCAUAAGAAUAAGCUGAACAAAUAUUCGGUUUUAAUUAGUCGGCGACAGUUAGUAAAAUGGAGAUCACUGAGGAAGCGUUGAAUAAUGAGAGACUGCAGGCCGCGGCGCGUUUUAAAGCUUUCAUGAUGAAGAACAGCACUAAAACAAACCUCAAUCUCUAUGACCACCUCUUGCGACUGUUAACUAAAGUUAUGGAUGAGCGUCCAGAGAACGCAGUCGAUGUGAUAGAAGACAUGAGUCGCGAGCUGAAAGGAAGCAUCCUUCAGGAGAAACAGGACACCCUGCGUGACAGUCCGUCCUCAUCCGCGGCUCUGUUACUGGCCGAGCAACAGAAGGCGCUCUUUACGCGCGCGGCAGGCGAUGAAGGGGAUCAUGAGGAAGAUCUG